AUGGCGGACGACGGUAGCGACCACGCGCCGGAUCCCGACGAGCGAGAAUCCAGCUCGGACGAUGAGCAUCAGCAUUCACGCCCCAGUCGACCGCCAGCGCCGUCACCAGCCCCAAGCCUGCCUCCUCGUCGCACGCUCAGGUCGAGGGCUGGCACCACUGCCACGUCCAGACCCACGACGCAAGACGGUAACACUGAUACGAGACCGUUGACCGUGUCAAGAGCGGGUGCGCGCCAGCAGACCUCUUCGCCGGACCCAAGUCUGGCUCCAAGUCUACGCCCAAGCCUCAAAUUCCGGCUCAUAGCAAGCAAUACCACGACGUCGAGACCUCAGACACGGGACGGCGGCGACAAUGAUAAAAGACCUAUGACCGCAUCGAGCGCAGACGAGCGCGAGCAACCGCCCGCGAAGAAGGCCAAGUUUGUGUUGAGCACCGGAAACGACACUUCAGACCCACCACUUGCCAUUCCUGGCCAGAAAUUAUGCUCCAAUCGCAACUUCGAUCACCCCCUAGGCAAUUUUGAAGGCCCAGGGCCGAACGGUCGUCUUUGCGAGACUGAUUACAACCGAUACCGACAAGCUCGUAGAACGGCUGAAGCAUCGGGGCAACCCAUCAAGGACGACUGGGCACUCACUGGACCUUCUCGGAAAACCACGAAAGAUCCCGGCUUCAAGGCGACCGACCCCUGUGCCAACACGAAUUUUCCACACGAAAUUGGGACAAAAUCGCACCCAUUACCGAGCGGUGGCCGUCUCUGCGACGCUGACUACCAACGACGCCAGAGAGCUUCCAAGAAGGCGCAAGACUCAGGUCAAUCUCUCACAAACGACUGGGCGCUCACUGGACCCUUUACACAACGGAAGCAACACACGCAGCGUACACUCCCAAAGUGGAAGGCGACGGACCUGUGUGCCAACACGAAUUACCCACAUGAGAUUGGCCUAAAUUCAAAGCCAACCACGAGCGGCCGCAUGUGCAACACUGACUACCAACGAUGGCUUGCCGCUCGAAGGGAUGCGGAGGUCUUAGGUCGACCUCUCAAGAACGACUGGGUGCUCACUGAACUUCGCCACAAGCCCUUCUGGACUGGGAAAUGGACUGAGCCGUGUUCUAACACGAAUUUCCCGCAUGAGGUUGGCGCAAAAUCGGAGUCAGGACCGAGCGGCCGUCUCUGCCAACCUGAUGCCUCUCGAUAUAGGAAGGCUCUCAAAAAGGCACGGAACUCUGGUCAACCUCUCAAGAACGACUGGGCGCUCACUGGACCUAUCAGGAGGAAACCGGGCCACGAGAGAGCUGGCGACCUUAGCGAUGCGUCAAGUGAAGCAAGUGAUCCGAGCGAUUCGUCGAGUGAAGGAAGUGCUGCAAGCGACUACGAAAUGACCUGUGUUGAUUGCGAGAGGUUGGAGUCGCAAGGGUGGGAGGUGUGCGAGAACGGAGCGGUGUUGUGUCAGGCUUGCGCCAGACGACGCAGGAUUCCAACAGCCAGACGCAUGAGACUUUCCCAGAUUCCACAGCGUGGAUACCAAUCUCAUACCGCACUUCGUCAUCUUGCAUACCGCAGUUGGCGCGAACUGAACCCUGUUGGACCUUCGGAGUCGAUGCCACAGCCGACAUUUGCGACCACAGACUAUUGGUCUGCGAGCCCUCAAGAGCUUGCAGAGAUGAUUAUGAGGCGAAGGGGGGAUUCUUCAACGCGCUUCAGGGGCACUAUGGAUUCGCGUGAGGCCAGGAACUGGUUGCAGAUUGACGAUGCAUGCGAUGGUCUGCUACCGCGACCAGAUCCUGCGCAAAGCGACAUAUUGCAUGACAAGCAAGUAGUCGAUCUUGAAGCUAUGUGCAAGGCCAAGGGCAUGAAACUCGGCAGGAACACAACGAAACAGGACAUGCUCAAAUGGCUAUCGACUCAUCAGCGGCAGCCUUCAGACUUCAUGCAGCAGAUCGAUCCAGACAAGCUGGCCGCCUUGACGACUGCAAUGCAGUUGUUCUUCGACUCACUGCCUCGGGAUCUUACAGCGCAAGCUACUCGUGGACACAGUCUCGUGGCGUCCAGCGCUGCAGUACUGGAGGAUCUGCAGCAAACCAUCUUGCAAGGCUUCGCUCCUGUGUGGACUGAUUCAGCGGGACUACUCUGCGGCCUUGAGGCGCUUCGCACCGCUCUGUUCGCCUUCCACCGCGCCGACUUCCCACAUUCCCCAUUGUCGAACGUCAUGAUCGAAGGCUUGCGCUUGAUGCGCCUUCUCUAUACCAAUGCCGACGAUCCUACUCCACCAGGCGACGAUCCCACCCAUCGGGUAGGAAUGCCAACUCCAGCGUACGAGCAGUACAUCCGCGACACGGCAACGACCCAAGACGAAGCAGUGCUGAAUGACCGAUACACUGAGAUGACCCAGAUGUACAAUCUUGAUAUCGCGCAACUCGGAGCUAUGGUGCAUCUUGCACACCGAGAAGGGCUCAUUGAGCAUGACCUGAACAUUGGUGUUGUUCGAAGUGCGUACAUCAAUGAACAAGGUAAUGUGGUUCCAGCCUUUGCGAGCAUCGAAUACGAAGGCAACGAGCAGGCUCCAAUCAUUUGGCUACAUCUCAACUUGGCAGCUGGCCAGGGUCAGUACAACCACUGGGAAGCGUUCUCGAAUUAUUGCAACCCAGAGGAUGCGGAUAUUGUGCACGACUGGGGUCUUCUUCAUCUUGGAGACACGCUGGACACAACGACACUGGAGCUGACCAGAGCGCGAUACCGUGAGCAGCACCAUUGGAAGCACGGCAAAUACACAGCAGUUCGUGCUUGCCACGAGUGCCGCAAGUACGAUCGAACCCGCACUUGCUUCCCAGUGCCUGGUGUUCAGCAUUGCAGGAACUGUUUUCACAAUCCGGACGGCUGCAUCUACGACGAAGGCACUCGCCCUCGAGACCUGUGGACGUCCGCCAGUCUGAUCCCAAUCGGUGGCCUGAGACCCUGGGACACGCCGUUGUCAUGGAACGACCAAGUGCAAGCCAUGAAGAACACACAACUACACCUGCCCGACCCAGAGCCAGAAGGCAUACACUUCGUUGGCAUAGGCUCUGCGCGCCAAUCAAGGAGAGGAGGGCCGGGCGAAGUCCUGAACAUAAUGCAGGAUCUUGCCAUCAGUCUCCACACCUACGACAACAAGAUCAACGACCCCCAGAUUGUGCAUCUGCCGGAGGGACAGCGACCAGGCGGUCCUGGGGUGCCGAUGAGGAAGUAUCGUAUGGUCUUUGCUCGCAACGGCUCGAUGGCGCUCCCAACGCACACCGGCAACCUGCAAGAUCCUACCUUGAUCGGUAUUGUCAACUUCAUCAACCACAUCACAGACCCUGCCAAUCUGAACCAACCGAUCGAGACGCAUUGGUUCCUCAUGGGAUACGCUGGCUAUGGUGUGGACAUCACGAGAUGGGGAGACAGGCAACAAGGAUUCUUCGCCCAUGUACUCUCACGCAGCCCGGCAGUCGCCAACAGCAUGUACCUCGUCCCUGCUGUCGAGCGUCAUGUCGUCUCUGCAGUCUCGCCAACAUCCAUCAACCCCAACAUGCCACCACAUGGAGUGAUGGUGAGCGACGUGAAGUUCGUGACGAAAUACUUGUUGGCCUACGUUAUCGACCGCCACGAGCAGCUUCAAAACAUCGCGUCCAGGUACAACCUCAACUUUCUGGACAUGAUGAUGCAUCUCACCGGUCUGGGCCCCCCAAACGGGAUUCCCCCGAACGUGAUCCCUCCGAACGUAUCAGUAUACGACUUCGUCUGGCCACCUGGAUACGGUGGAGCGGCAGAGGCUGCAAGGCUGGAUCGGCUGAUUAUGGCGAUGCACAUGGAGAUGGCCUGGCGUGUGGAGUGGUUGGAUGGCAUGACUAGACCGAGGGAAGUGUUCAUGCAUGCAAACAACGUGAACCGCAACGGAGUCAUGCAGUGA